CCAACCCCUCCCAGCCCAAGCGCAGCGGGGCCCGUGGCGGCGCUGCUGCGCGAGCCCGUGUACAACUGGCAGGCCACCAAGCCCACGGUAAAGGAGCGCUUCGCCUUCCUCUUCAACAACGAGGUGCUCUGCGACGUGCACUUCCUGGUGGGCAAGGGCCUCAGCUCGCAGCGCAUCCCGGCGCACAGGUUCGUGCUGGCUGUGGGCAGCGCCGUCUUUGACGCGAUGUUCAACGGGGGAAUGGCCACCACGUCCUCGGAGAUUGAGCUUCCUGACGUGGAACCCGCCGCCUUCCUGGCCCUGCUGAAGUUUCUCUACUCAGACGAGGUUCAGAUUGGACCCGAGACGGUCAUGACCACCCUGUACACGGCCAAGAAGUAUGCCGUGCCCGCCCUGGAGGCCCACUGUGUGGAGUUCCUGAAGAAGAACCUCCGAGCUGACAACGCCUUCAUGCUGCUCACACAGGCACGACUCUUUGACGAGCCCCAGCUGGCCAGCCUGUGCCUGGAGAACAUUGACAAGAACACAGCUGAUGCCAUCACUGCCGAGGGCUUCACUGACAUCGACCUGGACACGCUGCUGGCCGUCCUGGAGCGCGACACGCUGGGCAUCCGCGAGGUGCGCCUGUUCAAUGCUGUGGUGCGCUGGUCUGAGGCCGAGUGCCAGCGGCAGCAACUGCAGGUGACCCCCGAGAACAAGCGCAGGGUGCUGGGCGCAGCCCUGGGCCUCAUCCGCUUCCCACUGAUGACCAUCGAGGAGUUCGCCGCAGGCCCUGCACAGUCCGGCAUCCUCAUGGACCGCGAAGUGGUCAGCCUCUUCCUGCACUUCACAGUCAACCCCAAACCACGCGUGGAAUUCAUCGACCGGCCGCGCUGCUGCCUGCGCGGGAAGGAGUGCAGCAUCAACCGUUUCCAGCAGGUGGAAAGCCGCUGGGGCUACAGCGGGACCAGCGACCGUGUCAGGUUCUCGGUGAACAAGCGCAUCUUCGUGGUGGGCUUCGGACUCUACGGGUCGAUCCAUGGGCCUACCGACUACCAAGUCAACAUCCAGAUCAUCCACACCGACAGCAACACGGUCCUGGGCCAGAACGACACCGGUUUCAGCUGCGACGGCUCCGCCAGCACGUUUCGCGUCAUGUUCAAGGAGCCUGUGGAGGUGCUGCCCAACGUCAACUACACGGCGUGCGCCACACUCAAGGGCCCGGACUCGCACUACGGCACCAAAGGCCUGCGCAAGGUGACCCACGAGUCGCCCACGACGGGCGCCAAGACUUGCUUCACCUUCUGCUACGCGGCCGGCAACAACAACGGCACGUCGGUGGAGGACGGCCAGAUCCCCGAGGUCAUCUUCUACACAUAGGGCGCCCCGCGGGGACACGCGUGGACGCUGCUCCAGGGCCGCGGGCCGCGGGCCUCGCCGGAGCCC